AUGGAGAGCUUAGUAGCAGUCACUCGCAAUGGCAGGCAGAGGACCUCUGAACCCGCAUGCUUUCCAGAGAGGUCUAAGGGGAAGUGGCGGCUACGGCUCAUGUUCACAAGCCGGAAAGCAGACAGGCCAACGAGCAAGCACGGCCCCUUGUGCAACACAGAGCAGGAAGCGCUUGGGGGCACCCUUGCCUUCAGGCUGGACUUAUAUGUCGGAGAGACACGAAGCUUCGUUUUCGACAAACGUGGACCCUACCUCGGCGGCCGGAUCAAAGACUUGACGGCAACCGUUGCAGCCAACGAGCAACACAUUAAGCGUCUCCAGGACGCCCUCCGGACUGGCCACCUCCCCAGCCUUCUCCUCCCCCUCCCCCCCCCUUCCGUGGAGGACGGUGAGAACGCGGGCGAUAGGACGUGGGCGGAGGAUACGGGGAAGCCGCCGGAGGAAACCGUACCCGAGAAGCAGAUAAACCGGUUGUGGCAGCAAGCGUACUCAUCGUUGGAGGUGCUGAAAGAGGAGCGGGAUAGCGACGUCAAGCAGCUGGAGUGCACGCGGAAGGCGAACGGGGUUUUGUCCGGCUGCAAGUUUGACCUGCUCAACGAGGCGUCGUUGGUUCGGCACGAGGCUCCGCUCCUGCGGAUCGCGGCAAAGGUAGCAGGACCUAGUCCGCAGGCUUAUGCGCCAUCGACGAUCCUGAGGUGGCUCAGAGACUUUCGGAAGGAAGGUGGUUUCAGGCGGGAUGCACGGGGUGCGCACGAGACGGACUGGAUCAUGUCAGAGGAGGAUCUGAAGGGUAAGUUGCUGGCGUGGAUGAUACCACAACCGCGUGUCACCGUCAAGGACGUCUGCAAGUACAUCAACGGGCCUCUGCUCCAAGACGACAAGGAGGAUCUUUCCAGGCUCCAUGCGUACCAGGUGAACCUUCCGGUUUCGAUGUCCACGACGCACCCGUGGAUGAUAAGGCUGGGUUGCAAGUACGAGCGGGCCACCAAGUCGUUCUACACGGACAGCCACGAGAAGAAGGAGGAGGAGGUGGACCGACUCGAAAGCCUCAAGGCACGAGGCCCGGAGGGAGGUUUCUACGCAGAGGUGUACGACUGCAAGAUCGAUGGACAAGACUGCAUCGCAUUCCACUUAGAUCUCCUGCGCGACGACGGCUCCGUCGAUAACUUCGACAAGCUCCGCGCCGCACUUGGUCCAGAGGGUGGGGACUGCAGCUUUCGCUUCGAUCAGGCCGCUGCUGCCCCAGUGCGAGCAUUCCACCCCCCGAACAAGUGCAACUGCGGCAAGAAGGUGCACCACAUCGAGGAGGACGAGAGUGCCUACAAGGCGUUUCUUGAAUACGGAAAAGGCAAGGAAGGGUACUGGGGCUACGACCAGUUCGAAGAGCAGGUCGAAGACGUGAUGGACGUCUUGGAGCACAUCGACCCCGACAUGCAAGUAGUGUUCGAGGUCGACCACGCGUCGGGCCAUGGGAAGCAGCGAGAGGAUGGUUUGUACCUAUCGAACAUGAACGUCAAGUAUGAGGGGAAGCAAAAGGUGUUGCGGGAUUCGGUCAUGACGGAGGGGUGCUUGGGUCCGGAGGAGGCGAAAAUGUAUUUCGCCAACGGCAAGUGGAGCACGAAGUUCAGCGAGGGGGCAGUGCAGUACCUGUGGGAGCGUGGGUGGUGGAAGGACGGGAUGUCAACAAGGGCGGGAGUCAGCGACGAGAUGCAUGUGGAAAAGGUUCUGCAAACCUUGCCUGACUUAAAGAACGAGAGAACAGCCCUGCAGUACCUGGUAGAGAGUAGGGGACACAUUCUUUUGUCGUCUCCGAAAGUGUCUCCCUGAGGUAGCGGGGGUAGGGAUCGAGUACUCGUGGGGGUUUUCCAAGCAGGAGUUUCGGCGGAAGAUCAAUGCUGAGGUCCCGAAGCACUUGCACGACAACAUCGAAAAGUCCCUGUGCAUAGACAAGUACUUGACGAUCGGUCGGGUGCGGCGCUUUGCCCGGCGGACACGAGACUACUGCCGGGCUUACCGCGAGAUUGCGCUGAGCGGGGUAGUCAUCAGGAGCAAGGAGUUCAUCGAGAAGAUGCACAAGGUCCAAAAGGCCCACCGCAACAUUUUGGACAUGGAAACUAGUUUUCUUGGCGGCCAGUAACAGCGUCGGCCGGCU